AUACUGUGCUCUGAUGUCAGCAAAACAGACGGACCGUUUCAUCUAUCAUUAUAUCUGCAUUCAAGCCACGUUUGUUGCUGGUUCGUUUGUAUAGAUGUGUUGAGGUGAAGUCAUGCCACUGGUGAAGAGAAACAUCGAGCCCAGGCACCUGUGUAGAGGAGCUUUACCUGAGACCAUCAGCAAUGAGCUGGAGUGUGUGACCAACAACACUCUCUCUGCCAUCAUACGCCAACUUAGCAGCCUCAGUAAACAUGCAGAAGAUGUGUUUGGUGAGCUCUUUAAUGAAGCCAAUACAUUCUACCUUCGUGCCAAUUCUCUACAGGACCGUAUAGAUCGUCUUGCAGUCAAGGUCACUCAGUUGGACUCUAGUGUGGAGGAAGUUUCACUCCAGGAUAUUAAUAUGCGUAAAGCCUUUAAAAGCUCUACUGUUCAAGACCAGCAGGUGGUGACAAAGAGCAGCAUUCCAAACCCGAUCACAGAGAUGUACAACACCAGUGACAAACCACCACCUCUGAACAUACUCUCUGCUUACAGGGAUGACCAUAUUGAUGGAAUUAAGUUCUACACAGACCCCUCAUAUUUCUUUGAUUUGUGGAAGGAAAAAAUGCUUCAAGACACAGAGGACAAGAGAAAAGAGAAGAGAAAACAUAGGGAGCAGAAGCAGUCUGUUGAUGGUACAUUGCCCCGUGAGGUGAAAAAGGUUCGUAAGGCUCAUAACCGCAGACAAGAAUGGAACAUGAUGGCUUUUGAUAAGGAGCUGCGACCGGACCAUCGUCAUUAUCAUUCACUUCACAGAGGAGUAUCGUCUGAGGGCUCUCUGUCUCCAGACGGCAGAUCACAUGCAAACAACUACCCAGUCCAAGCAUGUCACGCUCAAGCACGGGCCAGCCAUGCUCAUGCACAGCCGCAUCCCUUCAUGACUGUGGAGACAGCAUCAUCUAGUGCAAAUGGAGGGGUAGAGCAUGAGUAUCACAGCAUCGGAGGGCCUGUGGGUACUGAUGUAGGUUACAGAGUGGGUGUACUCGCUCGAACACAUCCAACUCCUCCACAGUACCCACCCCCUGACACUGGAGUCAAUGGAGCCAUCACGCUUCCUCCAGCAGACUAUGGUAUGAUGGAGUAUUAUGCCACCUCAGGCCCGCCGCCCCCUCCAGUGGGUCCCAUCAUUCCAUCUGCACAGACGGCAUUUGCCUCAGCUCCAGCUACUCCUCAUCCUGGACCGAUCACGUCAGCCUUACAGUAUCCUCUUCCACCUGUGCCACCUCUUGAAGGUCCACCUCCUCCUCCAGCACCUCCUGUACCUCCUCAUCCUGUAGCACUUAGAGAGGGACAGAGACUAACUCUGCAGCCUGUCACAGACGCUCGCAGUGACCUGCUCUCAGCAAUACGCAUGGGUAUUCAACUAAAGAAAGUACAGGAGCAACAAGAGCAGCAAGCUAAAAGAGAGCCGGUGGGGAACGAUGUGGCUACUAUACUCUCUCGCCGCAUUGCAGUGGAGUAUAGCGACUCAGAAGAUGACUCAGAACUCGAUGAGAAUGAAUGGUCUGACUGAUUAUAGUCAACCACACACACAAGAGUAGAAAGAGACCUUCCUCUUAAGUAUGGAAGUACAUUCAUCUUCAGAUACCUACAUAUAGUUGAUCCUUGAGAAUGAUGUCAAUUUCUCAAAAUAUGUUUAGGUAAUAUAAAUCUUAAGAAACUAAAGCAGACUCUUAUGCACUCAA